UGCCAGUGUUCUAGAUAGACUAAAUGCGUUAUUAGAACCAGGAGGUGUGUUGAGUGUUAAUGAAAGAGGUGUUAUUGAUGGACAGAUACCCACUAUUAAACCACACCCUAAUUUCAGAUUGUUUCUAGCUAUGGACAGUAAAUAUGGUGAGAUAUCUAGAGCUAUGAGAAAUAGAGGAGUAGAAAUUUAUAUACCAGGAGAGGUUGAUGGUUGUACAUAUAGUAGACUAGACAUACUAUCAAUGUUAGAGGGUAUCGGUAUACGUAGUUACAGCAUCAAACAUUGGCUAAUAUCAGUACAUGACAGUGUUAAACAGGAACUACCAUACACCGAGAAGCCUACUAUAACUGACCUACUGCGAUGUGGUGUAGUUGUUAAACAGCAGUUAGAUAAAGGAAUGCCUUUAAUACAAUCCUUACAACAGGCAGCUCAUGAUGUUUACUUACGUAGUUUGAAGACAAAUUCUAGUAAAAAGCAUGAAUUUCCUCAUUUAAAGCAAAAGACACCCGAAUCUAUUGAUGAUUAUAGUCACCGAUUAUCACGUAAAUGUGACCAAGCCUAUCCAUCCUUUUCCAAAGCAAAUAAACUGACUCUGUGUGCCCAACAUUUUGUUGAAGGGUUGUAUUCUGAUCCUGUAAAGGUUGAUUAUCUGUCAGAAUCCUGA